UCAUUCAUUCUCUUCCUGUGCUUUCUAUCAGUUCAUCACUCCAGGGAUCUGGGAGCUAAGCUUCAAGCUCAGCUUAGAGUUCCUGGGGUCAGCGUCGUAUGUUAGAAGCAGCUUACCAGCUGAUAUAGACGAACAAACACAUCGACGAGACCACGUGCAGCACUCUCCAUUCCAUUGGCACAAGCAGCUUACCAGCUGAUAUAGACGAACAAACACAUCGACGAGACCACGUGCAGCACUCUCCAUUCCAUUGGCACGUGCUUAGCUUGAACGCCGUCAGAGCAGUUCAUUGUCUUCCUUAGCGAAUUCACCAUAGCGAUUUCACCAUGGUGAACAAUCCGGCGUCAAUUUCAGCCGUGGGAGCAUGGACCAUGAACGUGGUCAGCUCCGUCGGCAUCAUCAUGAUCAACAAGCAAGUCAUGUCAGGAUACGGCUUCAGGUUUGCCUCGACACUGACGGGUCUCCAUUUCGGCGUGACGGCUCUGGUCGGCAUGGCUUCCGCUGCGCUGGGCUACCUGAACAGCAAGAACACGGUGCCGCUGUGGGAGCUGAUCUGGUUCUCCAUCGUCGCGAAUCUCUCUAUUGUCUCCAUGAACCUCAGCCUCAUGCUCAACACCGUCGGAUUCUACCAGAUCGCCAAGCUGAGCAUCAUUCCAGUCGUGUGCUUCUUCGAGGCGCUCCUUCACUCCAAAUCCUACUCCCGCGAGGUCAAAUUCUCCGUGGCCGUGGUCAUGGUGGGCGUGGGCGUCUGCACGGUCACUGACAUCAACAUGAACGCCUUUGGCUUCAUCGCGGCAGCAGUCGCCGUCGUCAGCACGUCGCUUCAGCAGAUUUUCAUCGGCUCCCUGCAGACCAAGUACAGCAUCGGGUCCUUCGACCUGCUCAGCCAGACGGCUCCCAUUCAGGCGGCGCUGCUCCUGCUGUUGGGCCCGGUUAUUGACUUCUUCCUUACCUCGCACUCCAUCCUGAAAUACCAGCUCACAUGGGGCUCUGGGAUCUUCAUUGGGCUCUCAUGCUUCUUUGCCGUCUUCUGCAACCUCAGUCAGUACCUCUGCAUUGGAAAGUUCUCAGCAACGUCCUUCCAGGUCUUGGGCCACAUGAAAACCGUUCUGGUUCUCGCCAUGGGCUUCCUCGUGUUCAGCUCCCCAAUCACCAUGAAGAAUGUGAUGGGUAUGCUCAUGGCCGUGGUGGGCAUGGUGAUAUACAGCUGGGCUGUGGAGAAGGGCAAGAAGGAGAAGGAGGCAAAGGACAAGCUCCUGAGAUCUCCCAUGGUUGCUGCUGCUGUUCCGACCAAAAUGCCUGAUGAGGGGAUGCAGGAUGGAGAGGAGUCAGCACUUCUCUCCAGCAAGGAUGAUCUUGAAGCUGGAAGGCAAAGCUGAACAUAGAAAAGCUUAGCAAUAUGCUUUGGCUUCUCGGGUAGCUUGUCGCUUAUAGGGGUGUGUGCCAUCCAUAUUAAUCUAUGCCUAAUUAGGUAGUAGUUAAAUUUGCGAGCUAGGACUGUUCAAUCAAACAUUGUAAAGCCUAGAUUUAUCGAGCCAGUACAGUAUCGGAUCUCCAACGUC